GGUAUAAAAAGUGACAAUAAAAUUAAACAACAGAUUGAAAAUCUCGCUGUAAUUUAUUACAUACAGAUACUGAUCCUUAGCCGUGGUGCCAAUGCGAGCUGAAAAUAUCCUGUAUUUUUCGAUUGCAUUCAUGGUUUGUCAGACACGGACGCAUAACUGCAUUUACAGGCCGGUGUAUGUGCUUAUGCACGACACCAAAAGUCUUCUUCCCAAUUAUGAAAAACUUCAUAUAGUUGUUGUUGAUUUUUCCCAAGCCUGGGUCACACCAGGAAACCAAAAGCUGUGCGACUGAUGUUAUACGAAUAUUCUGCAUAUUCCAGAUGAGUGAGUUAAGCUGCAUAAUUAGUUUCAGUGACGUUAUAGUUAAGUGUAUCAGUGAAGAGACUCACGUUUUCAGUUUCAAAAAGAACAUCUCAGAAGGAUUACCUCCAUAUCCAGAUUAGUGAUGACUCAAGUGCUGGAUUUAGCUCAGCCGUAUCUGGAUGCUUCCAGUUACGAAGAAUCUGGUAUGUUCCCAGAUGUUCAAAACUACGACUUCUUCCCAUGUGCCGAAGGGGAAGAAAACUGCAGUCGUCCCAAGCUUGUGGACAAUCCGGAAGAAUUUCACCCAGCUUCUGAUCAAGUCUUCUAUGACCUCAGCCCGGCAGAAAUGCAGUUUACUGAAAUGUUGCAUCCAACUGGCCAGAAAACUGCCCAUGAAUCGUCAAUUGAAACCUUGCCAUUGAUGGUGCCUGAGACUCAACAGAACUUAGCAGAGGACAUUUUCAAAUCUUUCCCAUGCCUGAAAGAUGCUCUGGCAACGUCCGGUUAUGUUUACGUCAAUUCAGUAGUAGUCAAAGAAUCGCCUGUUCAUGAAAAUACAAAUUCACAACAAAAGCUAAACCAAAUUAUUACUGAAAAUGCCGGUUUGCACGACCGUUUCAAAGUGAGAAGUUUGUCUGUAGAUUCCGCAUUUGCGAAUUACCAUUCAGAAACCGUUAGAUUUCUUGAAGGCGGCAUUUCAGUGAGUCCGACCUCCGCAUAUUCGGCUGAUGUCUGUUCUCUAGAAGCCAACUCUGCCAUUGAUCUGAGGACAUCUCAAGAAACCGAAUCCCAAUUCCAACAAGAUUCUUCUACAAACAACAAUGAAAAUGACAUACUGAUGAACUCUAUUAAGUUAAAUGAAAUAGACUCGCUGCCAAUCUAUAAUUUCUAUCCUUCGCCACGUGAAGAUGAGGCCACUGACAGCGGGGUUGGGUCUUCUGAAGAAUUAAGCGGUCAGAUUCAAUUUAUUCCGCAAUCUGUCGAGGCUCAUGAAAUGAACUCUAGUUCCCAUGACUCUUUUCUGACCUCCGAAAAAGAUGCAGACGAAAAUUUCCAUGCGAGAUCUCCAGAAUCGAAUUCUAACCCGGCGAUGACUUAUGAUCUGAAUUCGCCACAAGAAAUUCUAUUGCCUACGACCUUAGACUCAAUUUCAUGCGACACCAGUCCAGAGGUGUCGCUGGAAUCACUGCCCGAAAGUCUGUUGCAUUUGGAUUCAGUUCCAGCAGCUAAAUGCGCUCCAGUCAAGACUUCAAGUCGAAGGAAGAGAGGUAGAAAAUUAUGGGAGUUUCUGUUGGAUCUUUUAGAAAAUCCUGAAUGCAAUCCUUCUAUCAUACGAUGGGAAGACAAAUCGAACGGCGUGUUUCGUCUCAAGGAACAGGAAAUUAUCGCACGGAAGUGGGGCCAGCGACGAGAGAAGAAAGACAACUUAUCGUACGACUACUUCGCGAGAGCUUUGAGGUAUCAUUACAAGUCGAGGAUGUUGGUGUCGGUCCCUGAGCGCAAACUGGUCUACAAGUUUGGACCCAAAGUUUUAUCGGAAAUGAAGUAAAUAUAUUUAAAGGCAAAAUUAUGGUCACGUUGCUACUCGAUGCCUUCUUACUUGCAUAGUUUUGUUCUAUCUUCAAUCUGUUGCGUAAGAUUCUGUCAAAAUAACAAUGGCAGCUCUACUGUCGAACAUGAUAUGUACGUCCCGUAGCAAGGUUUGGAUGUCAGAAAGCUCCUCUAUAAAAAGACAAUAAUGGCUAAACACUAGUACAAUGCUUCGUGAUUCUUAGCGCAUUUUCUCAUAUAUGGAAAAAAUGCACUAUUGUGCUCGCCA